AUGUAUUGGAAUGAUGAUUUAGCUGAAAUUGCACUACGCUAUGCUCGUGGAUGUAUAUUUGAUCAUGAUAAAUCCAUUCAAAGAAAUCUACCAAAAAUUCCAUUAUCAACAGGACAAAAUUUAGCUAUGGGUUAUGAAAAUUGGACACAAGCUAUUCAAGGAUGGAUUGAAGAAAAAGAACAUUAUUUUUAUAGUUAUCCAUCAGCAGGAAUUGUUACACAUUAUACACAAAUGAUAUGGCAUUCAACAGCAUUAGUUGGUUGUGCAGCAACAAUUUGUCCUCCAUAUGGACCAUAUACUAUUCCUUGGCCUUUUUAUAUUUGUAAUUAUAUCACUGGACAAUUGAACAGUGAUUUUCAUAGACCUUAUGAUCAAGGUUCUCAUGAUCAAUCAUUACAUGAUUGUCAAGGUAAAGUAUGUCUAUAUAAUGGUACACUUGAUUUGAAUACAUGUGAAUGUAAAUGUUCAACAUAUGCAAGUGGUUCACAAUGUGAACGAUUAAAUUGUUCAAUAUUACCUCCAUGUCUAUAUUAUUCAUCAUCAUCAUGUAUUGCUGUUAAUGUUCCAUUAGAAUGUCCUCGUUUAUGUGGUUUAUGUGAUCGAUAUGAAGUAUUAAAAAAUGUUUAUGGAGAAAAUAAUUUAGCACCUAAUAUGCUAACAGUUAAA